AUGGAGACGCUCGUAGCUCGAGGCUUCUCGAGCGCACCGUUGAUCCGGCCGUGCAAUCUUGCUCCCAAAAACCUUCAACCAUUCCAUUGCAUAAAGCAGACUCAUUUCAUUCGCCGCCACCAACUCGGCUUUAUAUCCGGACUGAGACGCUUCCCCAUCUUACCUUUGAUGUCAGCCACCUCUGAUGAUACUUCUAAAGGUACAACUCCUUAUGGAAAAGACGAACUAGAAGCCGAUGGUUCGGUUAUUGUGGAAGACAGCUACCCUGGUGAUAGGAAAGACGAUUAUGACAUAAAUAGGCAGCCACAAGAAGGCUCUUUGAUUGAUAUGGAGAUAUUUAAGUUCAUGGAGGAUCUUAAUAUUAAGUUUGACUAUCAGGAUACAUAUUCACUACUUGUUUUCAGUGGUGGCGGUGCUGUUGCACUCUGGUUAGCUACUGCUGUUGUUGGAGCCAUUGAUUCUAUACCACUGUUGCCAAAAAUGUUGGAACUUAUCGGAUUUGGCUACACGAUCUGGUUCAGCUCCCGAUAUUUGAUUUUCAAGGAAAAUAGAGAUGAAUUGUUUUCCAAAGUAGAACAAAUAAAGCAGGAGGUGAUUGGUUCAAAGGACUUUAAGUAG